AUGUCACCUCAGAUGCAAAUACUUCCACAAACUUUAAACGCGUUUUUUAAGGAAAAAAUCGCAUCUCUGUCAUAUUUGGGAACGAAAUGUAAGAUCCCCCGUUUCCUUGACAAGUAUAGACUAACUAAUAAAUCCCCUUAUCCUUCGCGUGCUCUGGGCCAAGGCUGCGGUGACUCUGGCUUUUUAGGGCUGAACAUCAGCCCUAAAGGGCCCCGUCUGAGGUGGUCUAUUGGCUCUUUGAGGCUCGCAUGGAUUGCUAUGCACCGUACGCUGGGGUCUGGGUCUGAUAAAGCGCCGUCCGAGGCAACGUUCCGAGGGGCAGAAUUUCUGUCAUACGAUCUGACGCAAACUGGUGGGGAGCCCAUAGUCAGCACACAAGACGCCAUCUCCCUGUACUUCAAGACGAGGCAACCUAAUGGACUGCUCUUUUACACUGGUCAUGAAGCUGAUUAUCUCAACCUGGCUGUGCGAGAUGGCGGUGUGUCACUUACUAUGGGACUCGGCAAUGGUAAACAGGAGAUGCACAUUAAGCCAGCUAAGACGAGGUUCGAUGACCACCAGUGGCAUAAGCUGACUGUUCAUCGGAGGAUACAAGAGGAUAAUGAUGAUGAUGGUUACAACACAGCAAACUACAAACACGUUAAUAUAAAAAAAAAAUCGACAGAUGAAACGCAAAAUUUUAAUCUCACCGACCAAUUUAUCUCAAACUUCAUAAAGAAAAAUAAAGAAGUACUGGAAGCAGAUAUUUCACAAAACUUAGUUACUGCAGGAGCUGUAUCAGCAGUAGUGGAUGAUGUCUACUCAGAUCACUCGCACGUGGCUGGUUCCUUCACCAUGUUGGCUUCAUCCAGGGCCCAUGUUGGAGGGUCUCUCAACGCCAGGGCUCUCCCUGGAGCCAGGGUCCAUACCAACUUUAUUGGAUGUCUGAAGAAGGUGGAAUUCUCAGCGGACACUCUCCGUUUGAACCUCAUCGACCUGGCGCGAACUGGCAGCAAGCUGAUCACUGUCACAGGACGUCUGGAGUACGCGUGCACAGCUACCGAUUCUGCUGAUCCUGUUACCUUCACCACUAGGGACGCGCAUUUGGAAGAGAUCCGCAAAUUGUUACAACCCAAAGAAAAACGGGCCAAGUGCAAGUCGGACACGCGCACCGAGGUUUCCGUACAAACCUGCAAGAUUUUGCCGAAAUGGGAAGCGGUGAAGACUGGGACGAUAUCUUUCAAGUUUCGAACGAAUGAACCAAAUGGGCUGGUUCUCUUCAACAUGGGCGCCAAGCCACCAAGGGUAGGUUGCACGGUAAGGGGUGGAGCUUUUGGGGCUGAUCUCUUCGCUGUGGAGAUUCUCAACGGUUACAUAUACGUGCACAUUGAUCUUGGGUCUGGUGGAGUAAGAGUUAGGGCAUCCAGGAGAAGAGUUGACGAUUCCCAUUGGCAUGACUUCCUUCUUAGGAGAAGUGGCAGAGAUGGAAGAGUAACGGUUGAUGGAGCUAAUGCUGAAUUUAAGACACCUGGAGAAUCGAACCAGUUAGAACUGGAUGGACCGCUCUUUGUUGGUGGACUUGGCUCGGAGUACUCAGCAUCGAGAACACCACCAGCUUUAUGGACAGCAGCCUUAAGACAAGGGUUCGUGGGUUGCAUCCGUGACCUAGUGCUGAAUGGAAAACCUCAGGAUUUGACUGCAUAUGCCCGGCAACAAGAUUCUGAAACACCAACAAUUUAUUUGAAUGGCAGCCAGCACCUCACUGCGGCGUUAGGUCCAGAACAUAUAACACAAACUGAGGAACUGUUGCUUCGGUUCCGCACCAGCAGAGCUGGUCUUCUACUGCGGACGGCUUCUGAACAUUCUGCUGAUAGGAUCGAGCUGGCUGUGGCUGCUGGGAGAGUGAGAGCUAGUGUCAGACUUGGGGAUAGGGAAAAGAACCUUCUAGCUGGGACCAACGUGGCAGAUGACAACUGGCAUACGGUGAGGUUUUCCCGUCGCGCCUCCAACCUCAAGCUCCAAGUGGAUGGAGCGCAACCCGUGCGCGCGGAGACGAUUUUAGGAAAAGCGUCAACGUUAGAGAUAUCAACAUUGCAUUUAGGAGGACUGUUCCAUCCUGAAGAAGAAAUACAAAUGACAUCAACUCUGCCAAACUUUGUGGGGUACCUGCAGAAGUUUGUGUUUAAUGGAAUCAGAUACAUUGACAUGGCGAAAACGCUUGGAGUUGGUACAAAUGAAGAAACCAACAACAUUUAUGAUACUUCAAAUCUAAUUUUCACUGGAAAAUUCGUGAAGCCUGAUUCGUUGAAUGUUUACAAAUCCGUUACAUUCAAAUCUAAGCAUACGUACGUUGGAUUGCCAUUGUUGAAGGCAUAUGCGAAUACAUAUUUGGACUUUUACUUCCGAACAACGGAGAUGGAUGGAUUGCUCUUCUACAAUGGAGGCAAAAAGCAAGAUUUUAUCGCAGUAGAGUUGGUAAAUGGUCAUAUACAUUGUGUAUUCAACCUGGGUGAUGGAGUAGUGACUAUGAAGGAUAAGUUGAAGAACUUCUUGAAUGAUAACAGAUGGCACACGGUGUCGGUGCGCAGGCCAACGCCAAAGAUUCAUACUUUGCAGGUUGAUGAUGAUUUAGAAAUGCAUACUACAAGCUCAAACCUAAUGCUUGAACUAGACAGCGUUUUAUACGUGGGAGGUGUACCGAAGGAUAUGUACACAGCCUUGCCCGUGGGAGUACUGUCUAGGCAAGGGUUUGAAGGAUGCAUGUCUAGUCUAGAUCUACCUGGAGAGUCACCGUCAUUGAUGGAAGACGCUGUUGUUCCUAGUUCUUCUUUAGGAUCAGGAUGUGAAGGUCCAACGAAGUGUACACACAAUGCUUGUGCGAAUAAAGGCGUCUGUGUGCAACAAUGGAACACAUACGUUUGCGAUUGUGACUUGACAUCUUUUACUGGACCCACGUGUUACGAUGAAUCGGUAGCAUAUGAGUUCGGUCCAGGCCGAGGAAUAAUUACCUACACGUUCCCAACUGACUCUGUAGCCGAUACGGAGACGGACAAGGUAGCUCUAGGGUUCGUCACUAGCAAGGCUGAUGCUGUACUGUUGAGGAUCGAGUCUUCCAACACGCAGGAUUACAUGCAGAUGGAGAUUAUACGAGGCAAUCUCUUCAUGGUUUACAACGUGGGUGGUGGAGACCAUCCAUUAGGUGAUGAAACCGCCAGGGUGGAUGAUGGAGCCUACCACGUGGCCAGGUUCACGAGGAAUGGCAGCAGAGCUUCACUGCAGCUGGAUAACUAUGCUGUUAUUAUUAGACAUCCUCAAGGCGGGCAACAAUCAACAAUAUUCAACGGUAUGUCAACGAUCGCGCUGGGCGGCGGCGCGGGCGGCGCGCGCAGCUUCAGCGGCGUGAUGGCGGGCGUCGUGGUGGACGGCGUGCGCCUGCUGGACCUGGCGGCCGCCGGCGACGUCGCCGUCUCGCUGCGCGGGGACGCGCGCCGGGCACACGCGCCGCUCGACAGGGACAUCAACCGCAUGCAACAGACACCACCAUCGGGGUACGGAGGGCCCGGAGUACUAGACGAGCUGGUGUACUCAGGCGCUGGCUCCGGCUGUAGAGAUGACGAUGAAGACGCCUGCGUUCUUCCAGACGCAGGAUCUGGAGACGAUCUUAUAACCCCUGUAUAUGUUCCAUCUACUAGAAGACCACCGUCAAGGCUACAUAAGGGCGAUACAAGUGGAAAGUUGAUGAAACCGUGUGAUGACGAAGAUUGCAUUGAGGGUUCCGGCUCCAACGUUGAUGAAAUUACUGAACCAGACCAUCCGAUGACUACGUAA